UGUAACGUUACGACAGCAGAUUUUUCAGGCGACGUUGAAUGUUUGUGCGUUCGCAGCUGCUCGAGGCCCUUCUGAGUGAAGGCGGAAGCAUUCAAGCUCGAGCGAGAUGACAGUUCACAACCUUUACAUAUUCGACCGCAAUGGCACCUGUCUGCACUACAGUGAAUGGAACCGCAAGAAGCAAGCAGGGAUUUCCAAAGAGGAGGAGUCUAAGCUCAUGUAUGGAAUGCUGUUUUCCAUUCGCUCCUUUGUCAGCAAGAUGUCUCCCCUCGACAUGAAGGAGGGAUUUCUGUCCUUUCAGACAAGUCGUUACAAGCUUCACUACUAUGAGACUCCAACAGGCAUCCGGCUGGUCAUGAACACAGACCUGAGUGUCCCCAACUGUAGAGAUAUCCUGCACCAGAUAUACAGCACGGUGUAUGUGGAGUGUGUGGUGAGGAACCCUUUGUGUGUGUUGGGUGAGACCCUGCAGAGCGAACUUUUCACCAGCCGCCUGGAUACCUUCAUCAGAGCACUGCCUUUCUUUGGUGUCCGAGCAGCCUAAGCAGACCACACUGUGUGUGUGUGUGUGUGUGUGUGUGUGUGUGUGUGUGUGUGUGUGUGUGUGUAUUGUAUAAAAUAAUUUUUGUAUUUAUUGUUCUCUGCAGCAUCUGGUCUGUUAAUGAAUUUAAAUAUUAAUGAAUGACUCCAAAUUCAAAUGAAGCUGGUUGAUUUGUUUUGGGGUUUUUUGUCUGGUUUAUGGAUGUAAUCAAUAACAUGUACAGUUGAUGUUUUGGUUGUGAGUUUAACAGUUAAUGUUAUUUUAGAAUCUUGAAAUGUAUGUUACUAUAUGAUGUGACGUGGAGUUCUCUGAGCUUGAUAUUUUGGUGGUAAGCAUUUCAUCACCAGUCAAGGUGACCUUGUCAGUGCACACAAUGACACUCACACUGAUUUCACCUUGACUGGUGAUGAAACACUUGCCACCAAAAUAUCAAGCUCAGAGAACUCCACAUCAUCAAACCAUUUAACCCGAGCUAGCAAUAUUUGUUUUUAUUUAUAAGUUACUAUAAAUAAAAAAAAAACUGCACAGAUCAAUCCAGGGAAUAGUACAAAUUUAGGUUAGAAUUAACUCUUGGUUAUGAGAAAUUGUAGCAAAGGCAGAUAAACAGCUUACGAAUAAUUUAUUUGGAGGCAAGUGUCCGCUAUACUGGCCUUCAGGUUUGCUGAUCAGCUGUUGGAAUGCCUGAUUAGUAGAUGGGGUGAACAGUAUUAAUAUGCAGACCACUUGCACCUCAGACCCGCAGGCCGGCUUGCUUCAUGUUCUAGACUCUUUAUCUAGACUGUCAGGUGACAUUUUACUUCAUUUGCAUGUCUGUGUUUCUGUUUAUUUUCUUUUUUAAUUUUCUUCGUGUAUGCAGAGGAUGGAUCCUCCCAAGGGUUCUGCCUUAUCCCGUGCAAGGAUGCGGUUUGUUUAUUAGCACCCUAGAGCUGCAGUCAGGGUUAGGGAUAGGCUUCCUGCAGUGAUUCUUUGAGUCCAUGUUUAAUGUUAAAACUGCUAUAUUAAUACAUGUGAAAUGAAUUAAAUAAACUGAAUUGAUGAUACCAAACCCUGAGGUAAUAAAGUAUAUUUGUAGGUGUGGGCAUUGAAUAAGAAACCCUGCGGUUAACGAGGCCCUCGUGGGUCUGAGUACAGGACAGACGCUCUGAUGCAGGUGGUCUCAAGGCCUCUGUGCAAGACUAAGGCAGAUCACUCUGGACAGUUCCCGUGAGAAAUAAUGUCAUACUGUUGGGGGAGAUCAUUGUCUAUGAAAGACUUGAAAUCCUCUUUGAGAGUUCCUUUUCUAGGUUUGCUAUCUUACCAAGGAGAGACGGGUGCAGGAGAAAGACUUUGUUACUAGUGUUCGGUGGUGAGUUGACAUCUUUGUUUAAAACAAGGAAAAUCUUCCAAUGGAAUAUAAUGGUCAAGCUUUAACUUGCAUGAUGGAUCUGAAUUUACAUAUAUUGAAUAACAUGGUGGUGGAGAUUUCACAUGCUAGUAUGUAGAGGUGUGUGGAUUACAUAAUCACUUCUGAAGACUAUAUAAAUGUGGGAUCUUUGUGUGACUGUCAGACGUUCUCUGGAGGAGCCUCAAUAAUGCUU